GCUGUAUUUUCUUUCAUGUUAUCAGCAAGAAUAACAUCAAAAUCUUAGUCUUCCUUGGCGGCUAACUAGAUGGAUGAAACAGGAGGUGGUGCGUCGAGUGAUGAUGCUAGAACUUGUCCUCGCGGACAUUGGAGACCCGCUGAAGAUGAAAGACUCAGGCAGCUUGUUGAACAAUAUGGUCCUCAGAAUUGGAACUCUAUUGCUGAAAAACUUCAAGGAAGAUCAGGGAAGAGCUGCAGAUUAAGAUGGUUUAAUCAACUUGAUCCAAGGAUUAACAGAAGGCCAUUUUCAGAAGAAGAAGAGGAAAGACUUCUUGCGGCUCAUAGGAUACAUGGUAACAAGUGGGCGCUUAUAUCUAGACUUUUUCCCGGUAGAACAGAUAAUGCUGUGAAGAAUCACUGGCAUGUUAUUAUGGCUAGAAGGCAAAGAGAACAAUCCAAAGUUUGUGGGAAGAGAAGUUAUCAUGAUACGGUAAACGAAUCCAAUUCUGCCUCUUAUAGCUUUCGACGAAAAAAUUUAAAAUUUCAAGAAGAUUAUAGCUCAAAAGUGAGCUUUGAUAGCAGUCGGUUCUAUGGAUUUGAUAGCAAUCCAAUCAAGAACAGAAUUUUUUCUGUGUCCACCGCUAGUUCAUCUCCUCCCUGGAGUUUUAUGAGGCCGAGUAUUUCGAAUGCAAACAAUUCUUUUUCAGCUGAUUUGUUGGGAAGAAAAGGUAGCGGUCAAUUCAGCUCUAGCUCACUCCGGGGAUCUAGAGAAAUCACCAAUAGUUCUUUAGACCAAUCUUUAUAUCGAAAUUAUUUGAAUUCCUCAAUCUUUGGUGGAUAUGGAAAUAUAGCCGGUGCAUUCAAUAACCAUGGGCAUAAAAGAGCUACAGUAAGUCCCUUCGGUUUUCCAAAAAUUGGUGAUGGAAAUGAAGCAAAAGGUAUGAUUAAAAGAGGGCUUGAGAUUGUUGGUGAUAACUCAUAUCAGUUUGGGAAGAAUAGGACAACUAUUGAGCAGCAGCAACAUCAGCAACAUCAGCAGGAUGAUAACGAGUCCAUCAAGAAAGAAGACGUUCCUUUCAUAGAUUUUCUUGGUGUAGGGAUCUCUUAACGUAUAGUCUUCUCGUUAACACUUCCUUUCGCUAUUGCAUACAUAUGCCUUCACACAUUGCAUGUUUCUUGGCCUGUUUUUAACUUACUGAUGUAAAAGUUUUAAGUUAAAAAUGAUUGAUUAGGCUUUUGUUUAGAUGCUAAGCAAUAGAACUCACCAUUUUGUGGCAUGUUUUUCGUUUACUAUUGUACAAGUUCUAAGUUAGAUGAUUGAUUAAUUUUUUUGGUUUGAUGAAUAAGCAAUAGUUAUCCUUUCAAGG